UUUCUUGACUUAUAAGGUGGACGAAGGCUUUCUUCAUCAUUUCCUGGAAGACUCAACAAUAGAUUCCGGGAAAAAGGGGAACAUCAGGGCUGAGUGUUUGUAUGCCCUGCCAGUGUGUGCGGCGAGUUUUGUGUGUUAGUGUUCGACCAUCUUUAAAAAGCUCUGUGUCUGCCUGAAUAGAAGGAAGUGGCUCUGACUUCCCCAGGAAAUGAGAAGAGGAAACCCCGGGGUUUCGACCUCUCUGGCUGUACUGGAGCCACAAGACGACUCACAGGAGAGAAAGCAAGAGAGAGAGAAAAAGGGAAGGAGGGAAGGGUGGAGGGUAGAAAGAGAGAUACUGCAUUUCAUUCUGCUGCCCUCUGACUGGAAGGAGAAAAAGUUGAUAGGAAAGAAAUCGGGAAUAGAUUGGACAUAAAGACGUGAGACAAAGAUAUUCGGCCCCAGGUUUUAGUUUUGGACUGGUGUGGAGAUGAAGUUUCUCCUCAGCACUCUGAGCGUUCUGCUUCGCUGCUUGUUGUCCUCCUCACACGCACUGGAUCCUGCUGGGAAGAAUGUCUGCCAUAGCAUCAGCGACCCCUCCACCCUUGUCUGUUGCAUUGGAUGGCGUCAAGAGGGAAAAGAGUGCUCUAUCCCGGUGUGUGAGGGCGAGCAGGCCUGCCUAAAGGAUGAGGUCUGUGUGUAUCCUGGAGUGUGUCGCUGCCCACCUGGCUACUACGGCGCUCACUGCAAAACACGCUGUCCUCCUGAGUUCUGGGCUUCAGACUGUCGCCAAGUGUGUCGGUGCCACCCACACGGCCGGUGUCACCCUGUCACCGGUGAAUGCACCUGCAACCCCAACCGCUGGGGUCCACUGUGCCAAUAUGCCUGCAAGUGCGCCCGCCAUGGCCACUGCCACCCUGUCCACGGAAAUUGCACCUGCGAUGCAGGCUGGUGGUCACUAACCUGCUUUAAGCCAUGCCAAUGCUUCAGUGUGGGCUCUGUGGGCCCCAGCUGUGACCAGCUAACAGGCCGAUGUCAGUGUCAAAGAGGGCACUGGGGGUUGAGGUGUUCCGGCGCUUGCAACUGCCACAUGUCGGCAUGUAACCAGCGGACUGGUGUGUGUGAGUGCGAGGCAGGCUGGUGGGGUCCCGGUUGUGAACGCAAAUGUAACUGUGAGCACAAACACAGCACCUGUGACCCAGCUAACGGGGAGUGCCUGUGCCACCCGGGGUACAAGGGUAUGUUCUGUAACCAGCCCUGUGAAUCUGGGAAGUAUGGCAGUGGGUGUAAAAUGAGUUGUGGUUACUGUAAAGACAACCAGCUUUGCUCUGCCACGGAUGGUGCCUGUGCCGCCUGUGAACCCGGCUGGAACGGUACACAGUGUGACCUCCCAUGCCCGUCUGGUUAUUACGGUGAUGGCUGCCAGGAGAAAUGUCCACAUUGUAGGAACAAUGAACCCUGUGAACCAAAAACUGGGAAAUGUUUGAUGUGUGACCCUGGAUGGACUGGACCCAGGUGUGAGGAGGCCUGCUCCGACAGGACGUUCGGAGAUGGUUGCAGCUUCCUGUGUAGCGCUUGUUUCCAUGGUAACUGCCAUCAUGUGACAGGAAGAUGUGUCUGUCAGCCAGGCUUUCAGGGAGAGAGCUGUAAUAGCAGCUGCCCCGCCCUGCAGUUCGGCCUCAACUGUUCCUCUGUCUGUGACUGUGGUGAUGGGGUCGGCUGCCACCCAGUCACUGGAGUCUGCCCCAACAGUGGCAGAAGUGCUGUACUAGCAGGUGUGCUGGUCCCUUUGCUCCUGGUUCUGUUAGCUGUCCUCUGCUGCUGUUUGUGUUGUGGAGGAGCCCCCGUUGAUGGCAAAGACAGGGCGGCUGUGGCUGAUGGAGGUUUGGCCGUUCGGAUGAAAUAUCACGUCUACAGUGUCCUGGCAAACAUUAGCGCUGCCCUCCCCUGUAUCUCUAAUUGGUCCUCUGGUCUGCCUCGUGUCACUGUAUCUCACCAUGACCCAGAGCUGACCUUCAACCACAGCUUCAUCGAGCCUCCGUCCUCUGGCUGGGUGACUGAGGGGUCAUCCUUUGACAGUGAUGAGGAGGAGGGAGAAGCGCUCUACUGUGUCCCUCCAAGAGAAGACAUCCCAGCAGUGGCAGGCGGUGAGUUCCAGGAGAUGAGCUCAAAGUGUAACAUGUUCUUAGAUCCAUCUGGCUUCAGCAGCGAGGACAUCACCUCACCCUUCAACAUACCUCGCACCUCCAGCAUCGCUAAGUCCAAGCGGCCCUCUGUGUCUUUUGCAGAAGGCACUCGCUUCAGCCCCAAGGAGAGGCGUGGCUCUGCUCAGGACCCUGGCGCUGUCCCUCGCAACAAACCCAAAUCCAGCUGGGGGGUUUUGAUGCUCUCUGCUCUCCAAAGUCAGGGAAGUGUAGCUAAGCCUGGGGAUGAGGAUGCAGUUGAGGGUGAGGAGAGGGAAGAGGAAGUGGAUGUGCAGGCGACAGACAACCAGGAGUCAAACUGUGAGGCAGGGGGCCAGGAAGUAGACAGAAACUCAUCCAGAGCCACCUUGCAGGUCCCAGGGACAUCAGGAAGAAGACGGACUAUGUCCAACACAGCUGCACAUAAAGGGACCCAGAUAUCAACAUCAGGCUCUGAUGCUCAGGUGGGGGUCUCAAAUAAGGUGACCACAGUGUAUGUGACAGUGGGGAAGGCGGGUAGACCCGUAUCAGAGACCAGUUCCGAAGGCCCCGUUCAGGCCAUGCUGCGAAGACUCGGCAGCCUCCAGAGACAAAGAGAUCAGGAGUCUGGCAAAUCCAAAUCCAAGGGAGGUGAAGGGAUUACCAAACCACCCAGGAGAAAGCUUGGAGCUCGGGCGACUGUAUGGGAGCAGGGAGGGCCAUCUGGAGGGGAGGUUGGCAUAUGUAAGCCCAUCAGGAGGAAGCAUGCUUCCCACAACUCCUCUAACACAGCAGGUGCUAAUGACACUCCACCAUCAGAGGGCGGCACUCCCAAACGGCCACUGUCGUCCAUUUUGAAGAGCGUGCCAGAGGUGGCUUCAGCUGACUCAGGGUCAGAGCUGAGGGCUGAGGGUAACUCAAGGCCGGACUCCAGCAAAGGACAAACUGAGAGCAACUACCUGACCGUGGGGCCAGCAGGAGAUGCUGCAAGUCUCACAGAGGUCAUUGCCAACGAAGGAGCAAUGGUCAGUGUGAGUGAUGAACCCUGCUAUGAAAAUGUCAUGAUUAACCACUCGUAACCUCUGACUAACCACGUCAUCAGCAGGUCUGAUCUUAAUACAGAUGCAUAUUUAUUCCUCUGAGGUUAUCACUGUUACAGACACAAACUCUCUUUGAUUUAAGAGACCAUGAAUUCUUAAGUUACGGUGUUAUUGUUAACAGUUAUGUAAAAGUACAACUUACAGAUUGAUAUUUAUGCAACAUGUGUGAUCACAUAAUUACAUGGUCCUUUAGCCUGAACUCUAAGGAAUAUAGAUUACAUAAUGUCGGGUCUGGUAUUUGGCUAAUUUCUCCUAAGAACACCACUCAUUGCAUUCAUUACCUCCAGUUUCAUAUUAACACGAGUAUUGGGACAAUUGAGUGAUAAUAAGCGUUUUUAUUUUAUACAGUGAUGCAUGCUAUGUUAAGUGUAUACGUACAAUACAAGUACUGUAAUAACCGGGUCUUUGCCUGCUUCUUGAGUCAGUAGGAAUAAACAGACAAAAAGAC